UUGUCUGUGUAAUUACAGGCCUUACGUGCAUAAUAGCUACUGCCUAAACAAGCAAUAAUCCCCUCCACCCGGAAAAAGACACCGCAUAGCUACAAGCGAACACACAACAACGCUGCCCUUACUCAUCCGAAGAAGCUAUAUCUGCUGAUUCCAUCGAUUUGACACUCACCGAAGCACACACACACAUCGUUUGUGGUGGUUGGGGCAAACAGAGAGCACACAGACGAAGAAAAAAAUGACUGCGCCUCGACGUCUUCGAAAAGAGCUGUGCGAUUUGCAAGAUAAUACAUUAAAAUCCUUCCGCGACAUUAAGGCCGACGACGAGAACCUGCUGCGCUGGACUGGCCUGAUUGUACCCGACAAUCCGCCGUACAACAAGGGCGCCUUCCGCAUCGAGAUCAACUUUCCGGCCGAAUAUCCGUUCAAGCCGCCGAAAAUAAACUUCAAGACGCGGAUCUAUCAUCCCAACAUCGACGAGAAGGGGCAGGUCUGUCUGCCAAUCAUCAGCACCGAGAACUGGAAGCCGGCUACGCGAACGGAGCAGGUUGUCCAGGCUCUGAUAGCCCUUAUCAACGACCCUGAGCCCGAGCAUCCACUUCGCGCCGAGCUAGCCGAGGAGUUCCUCAAGGACAGAAAGAAGUUCGUGAAGAAUGCCGAGGACUACACCAAGAAGCACAGCGAAAAACGUCCGGCGGAUUAGUGCUGUGGCCAUGGCGAGCCGCCAACAAACAACAAACGAAGACGGAUGACGAAACCAAACUAAACCCCAUCCCAUUAUUUUCACCCCCCUUCGAGUCUACGCCGAGUGCGACGGAGGGCGAACAAAUUAUUUCACGCUUAGUCUACGAGUUCUCCCCGUUUUGUGAUUUUCAAUUAGCUUUUUAAUGUUUUAACUUCGAUUUUUCAGUAGAAAGUUUCGCAAUUCUCCCAAUUCCAAUUUGUAAGGAUCAGGAUCCGUAGGAAGGGUAGUUUUUUAAUUGUAGCACUGUAAUUUUAUGCAAGAGAGAAAUACAAGUUCGUUACAUUAAAA